AUGUCCCAGUCCCGCGUGAACCUGGCGACAGCCAAGCGGGAGCUGGCGGAGCGCCGAGACGAGGCGAACCUGUGUAUGGUGGAGCUGAAGCACGCGCAGGAGGUGCUGGCCGCUGGGGGCACAGGGCCCAAGGUUCUGUCGGUCGUGGCGCAAGGCAUCCCCUGCACGUUUCCCCUCGAUGCCGCAGUAGAAAGCUUUGACCUGGUUCUCAUGGCGGAGAACGACAGCGGCGCCGGAGCGACGAAAUCGGCCGCCGUUGACCAGGCGUCAGUAUCACAAGAGGACUCGUCUCAGUUAGCGGAGGCAGCGGCGGUGGCGGUACCGGGGGAUGGCCACGAAACCGACGAAGUGGUCAUCAGCGCGGAGGACGCGGCCGAAGCCGUCGAGGCGGAAGCGGCGGCGGCAGCAACGGCGGCUGUACCAGACGCCGCUGAACCCGGAGAAGCCGGUGUAGACGAGGUGACCGUCGCCACCGCCGCCACCGCCGCCACCGCCGCAGCUGGCGCUGUUUCUGAGCAGGGGAACGAUGCCGAAGAGGAGUUCCACGAUGACUCGGGGGCGGCCGCUCCUGUUGCAGACGCUGCUGAGGCACCAGUCGCGGGGGAAACGGAGGCGGUGGGAGCGGAGGCCGGCCAGGGAGAAACCGCGGAGUCCGAAGCAGCGGCGGCAGAGGCGGAAGCGGCAGCGGCAGCGGCGGCGGCGGCGGCGGCGGUGGCGGCGGUGGGGCCCGUUGCUGGAGAAGACUCGGAAACCGCUCCGGCGGCGACGGUUGCCGAAGCCGCCGGCGAAGCCGCGGAUGAAGCAGACACCGGUGCUGCGAGGGCGAGCCUUAACGGUGGCGUAGGGGGCGCCUCGCCCGCGGCGGCGGCGGCCCUGGGGUGCAGCACCGGUACGACAGAGGUGGUGGUGCCCUCCUCCGAGCUGGACUUCAAGCUCAGCCAAGGGCAGUGGCGGUACCUGGAGGCGGACUCGACACCCGUGCACGGCGACGGCGCCGUCGAGGUCACCAAGGGUAUCAGGUUCUCGACGUCCCUCAAGGCCGUGGACAGCCGGGAAGAUGACGACCGCAUCGUGGAGCUGUCGGAGAAGCUGAGCGAUGCAGAGCGGCGGGUUCGGGCUGCUGAGGCUAUGAUCAAGAAGUUGCAGCCCUCGUCGGCAACCGCAAGCAGCCGCAAGAAGUCCGGCGGCGGCGGCGGCGGCGCGGGGGUCCGAAAGUCGGCGCUCAAGAAGAGCAAGGGCGGCACGAGGGCGGUCAAGUCCGACGCGGCUAAGAGAAGGGGGGCCGCCGGAGCCCUGUCUGCCGCCGUCGGAAACGCCUACGGCAAGGCCAAGACCGCCGGCGCGCUCGCGUGGGGGGCACGCAACCUGGUGUUCUUCGCGGCGGCGGUAGCCGCGAUGCACCUCCACGGGGACUACCUUGCGGUGUAGAAAGGAUUGUUCACAUCUCUCUCUUUUUUUUUUUGCGUUGAGGGUGUGGAAGGUUCUCGCGGAGGAUGAGGGAGGGAUGAGGAUCAGUCAUGUCAAGUGCAUGACGUCUGUGUCCUGACUGUUACUGUAGACCUCGCGUUCCUAUUAAGCCCUGGGGCUGGAGCACGCUUGUUUUUUGUUUCGAACAGGCUAUUGCGGGGGGGGGGGUUAAUUGUAUCGCUGGGAUGCUAGGGCGCGAAGAGAUGGGGCUGGCUUAUUGUUCGUUGUCCAUUGGUUCGCCUAUUUUCGACGUGUGGUGUUCGAACCCGUUCUGGCUACUGCCUUGUACAGGUCCCGGAGGGCGGGGGGGGGUGGGGGACGGUUGGGGGGGAGGGCAAGUCGUCCCCCCGGUUACGAUGGCGUGAGGCACGUGCUACGUUGUCUUUGGCUGCUGCCCUCACUGUUCCAUUGGACGACGGCACCAGAUUGUGAAUCCGCCUUUCACAAUCACCCACUCUGCUCGUUGCACCCGUGGUAGCCUUCCCUGCCGGCCCAACCAAGCAGUGUUCUACAAGUCGUUUUCAUGCUUGUUUUCCUUUGGUGUUCUUCACGAUACGCACGGCAGUGUUGCCACAAAUAGUCUUGCGCUUUUGAUGACAUUUAUGGUUCAUGUGUUGGAACCUACGGGCGAUGACGCUCGCUUGCGUCGUCAGUGCUCCGAACACCUAGACACCGAUCGAUAAUAAGGUGCUUUUCCUGGGCGCGGUCUCGGCCUUUGAUGAGAGCUCUCUUGCUUUCGACAGGCUGCGGUUUUGGUCACACGCAGGAGGAGGGUGUGUCGGAUGGCUCUUGAAGAAAUGGCAGGUUUAUUUUUUGUGGCGCGCCGAGUUGUUGUUGUUGUUGUCUUCACAUUCAACUCGUGUCAGUUUCCGCCCAAAAAAUAAAAUCUGCAACCAAGCCUUGUUUCCUGAUAUACUACUGCUGGUGGGUAACCGCCGCCCCCGCGU